CAUUCGAGCGUAGCAGUUGAAGUUUGUAAUUGCUACAUUUCUGAGUUUGCCUUUGUUGUUUUGUUUUUUUAAGGCGACGACGAUGUAUGUUUGGUCUCACGACGGUUGAAUUCGCUUAUAUAUUUCAGAAUGACCAAAGAAAAGCGACACAGGAGGAGGGAAUCUCCGGAGCGGGAGUCCAAAGUUAAGAUAAAGCAGGAGAAACUGAGCCCGGUUAGGCCACAGACAUCACGCCGCUCGAGGUCGAGAUCCAGCGGUAACUCCAGUCCACAGAGGAGAAGAACGAGCAGGUCACCCGCGAGGACGAGGGACCGCUCACCGGGUAGAAGAGAGUCAUCUCCCGCCAGGCGAGGCAGCAGAUCGCCCAGGAAUAGGAGAAGUCGCAGUCCCCAUCGUGGUGCUGAUGUCAAAAUAAAGCGGGAACGAGAUGAGCAUCGUGCUAGUGGUGAUGAGCGGAGGAGAAGAAACGAGCAGCCAGAGGAGAGGCGGAGCAGGUGGGAAUCAGACAGACCACGGGAAAGAGACCGCGGUGGAGACAGACACAGAGAACGAGAUGCGCUUGCCUCCCAGCAAGCUGAGAGGCAGCAGCAUGAUGAGCGGCGCAGGGAAAACCGUCAGCGGCGUGAAGAAAACCAGGAACAGGAUUUUGAAGGCACAAGUGACCCGCCUGUUGAUAAAGAGAAACCCAACUUUGGACUGUCAGGGGCCCUAACAGAAGAUACAAACACAUUCCGGGGGGUGGUGAUCAAGUACAACGAGCCACCUGAGGCUCGCAUUCCCAAGCGCAGAUGGCGACUGUAUCCCUUCAAGAAUGAUGAACCCCUUCCAGUCAUGUACAUUCACAGACAGAGUGCCUAUUUGUUGGGACGACAGAGAAGAAUUGCAGAUAUCCCAAUUGACCACCCAUCCUGCUCCAAGCAACAUGCAGUAUUCCAGUACAGACUGGUGGAGUUUACACGUGCAGACGGCACCCUUGGCCGCAGGGUAAGGCCUUACAUCAUUGACCUGGGAUCCGGCAACGGCACGUACCUGAACAACAAGCGAAUAGAAGCCCAGCGCUAUUACGAGCUCAAAGAAAAAGAUGUUAUCAAGUUUGGCUUCAGCAGCCGCGAGUACGUCCUCCUGCACGAGUUCUCAGACACAACCGAGGUGGAUGCCAAGCAGGAAGAGGAAGAAGACGAGGGCCUCGAUGAGUAAAACGUUUCCAUAAACUGUGUUGCCCAAGUUCAUUCAGGUUGGAUAACAACAUCAUCAUCAUCAGUGUUUGUCAAAUAGUUGUUUCUGCAGGGAAAUUAACAAUUAAUUGAACUGGUCAGUGUGGGACCUGAUUAAAAUAACAGAAAAAGGCUGGUUUGUAUAUUCUGUAAUUACUUAUGAACUUGUUGCUCAAACCUGCCACAACUGUCUCAAAGAAGACUUCCUAUUCUCAGGUUGUUUGUGUAAUGUCUGUGUGAUGCAUGACUGAUCUCACAUCUGACAGUGCUCACAAUAAGAAGUGCUUGGUGCCAGAUCAAGAUAUCUUGCCUAAGUACAACAUUUCCUUAUAUAUUUUUGGAUCACAGCACCGAGUACAACAUUUAGCUGAAGACUACUCUGUUGUCUUUGUCCAGGCUUUAUGUGUCAAUGUACAUGAUACGUGGAAUGUGAACUCUAGAGUCAUGUUUAACAAGCGUCGCUUACUGUCAGAGUAAAACAUUACAGACGUACAACUUGUAAUGAUAUUGCCUUUUUUGCUUUGUAGUGCAGGGAAAAUAGUUGGUGCUGCUGUGUGUUUCCAUGCACCAAUGCUGUGUGUAUUUAAACACUUCCCCUUUUAUUCUUGUCUGUUCUGAAGCUGGCAACAUUCAUAGUAAAAUCCCAUUUAUGUACUGUAAAUAAAGACAG